CUUGAAUUUAGAUUUUAAUGGUGUUAAAUUUUGGGGAGAUGUGUGUGAGGUUGUUUGGGAUCUAGAGAUAUAUCUGUUUAGUUUUUUCCUUUUUGCGCAGAGAGUAGCCAUGGCAUCUUCGGAUGCAGAGCUUGCAGAGCAGCUGAAGGAAGCUGGGAACAUGCUCAUGUCUCCUCCUCCUUCGGUCCAUGAGCUUCUCCCUCUUCUGGAUGUAAGCCCUAAUCUAGACAGUCGUCUUCUUCGUUUUGUGAUACUCCUUGUCUUGCUGUUGUUCUUGAUGCUGAACCCAGGUCUCGGGUUCUAAGGAACCCAAGCUCAAAAAAAUUUUAAAAAAAAUUUGUUGUUUUUUUUUUUUUUUGGGGUUUGAUGAUGAUGAUGAAUCCAACAAGGGUAAAAAUUGUUUGAAAUGAAUAGAUUGGUUGAGA